AUGGAAACAAAAGUGAAAAUAAUUGAGAGAGUGGAGCAUGGUGAAAAGAUGGUAGGCGUCACUAGUUCUUAUAACAUGAAUUGUUCAACCAACGAUAUGAUUCUAAAGAACAAAGACAAGAUCAUGGAACAUGUGCCAAUGAUGUCAACAAUACUAUCGAAGAAGUGUGGAAAAGUGAUGGAGGAGAUGGAGAAACUUCUCAGCGUGUGGAUGCAGGAUCAGCAUCAGCAUCGAGUCCUGCUCAGCUUAAUGCUGAUUCAAGAGAAAGCUAAAAGCCUUUAUGAAAACUUGAAGAAUAAGCAUGGGGAAGAAUCAGAGGGCACACCUUUUAAGGCCAGCCACUGCUGGUUUCAUCAGUUCAAGGCUAGAGCCAACCUUCACAAUGUAAAAGUAAGUGGCAAGGCAGUGAGAGUGUAG